AUGGUAGGAGAAGAUAAUGAGGAAGACAUUUUGGAAACUCUGCUAACACUUACUGCUACACCAGAGGAUCCUCUGUCAGUAGCUUCCAGUAAGCCAAGUGCUUCUGCUGAGAAAACUGAUAUACCAAUUGACUUCUCUGACGAGGAUAGUUGUCCCGGAAGUGAGGUAGCUGCACGAGUAUAUAGUGAUUUUCUUUACCUUUCUAAUCUGUAUGGCCUGGAAAACACCUUCACGAUAGAGAAGGAUGAGACCUUGUCGAUACUUGUGCAUAUGGGUUACCCUCUUGAGGAGGCUUUGAUAGCUGUAAACAAAUGUGGUCCUGAAGCCGAUAUCAGUGAGCUGACAGAUUUCAUUUGUGCUGCUCAAUUAGAAAAGGAAAUUGACUCCCUUCUUCAAGAUCCACCCGAAAAGAAAGGUGAUGCGUCUGUUUAUACACAUAAAAAGAGAGUGAAGCUUCACAACAAUAAAUGGAAAAGCAGAAUCUACCGGGCAAGUGAGAAGAAGCCAUCAGCAAUUGAUAUGGAGAUGAUACAUCUCUCUCGUUCGAUGAGAGGAUUUAGUAUACCCAAUGAACUCUGUCCGGUGGUUGCAAGAAAGCUCCCAAAUGAAGUAGCGGGUCCACCAUACUUCUAUUUUGAAAACGUGGCUCUUGCUCCUAAAGGAGUUUGGAAUAAAAUAUCAAAUUUUCUGUUUGAGAUUGAGCCAGAGUUUGUGGAUUCUAAAUUCUUUUGCGCUGCAACAAGGAAAAGAGGAUAUAUCCAUAAUCUUCCCAUUCACAAUCGCUCGCCCCUGCUUCCUAUCCCACCGCUCACUAUCCAAGAUGCUUUUCCUACAACUAAAAUGUUUUGGCCUUCGUGGGACAGAAGAACAACGCUCAAUUGCCUUCUAGGUUCCAUAGCUGCUGCCACAGCUACAGAGAGAAUAAGGAAACACCUUGAAGGGUGUGAUGCUGAACCUCCUCCUAAUGUCCAACAGAAUAUACUUACAGAGUGUAAAAGGUGGAACUUGAUUUGGGUUGGGAAAAACAAAGUUGCACCUCUAGAACCUGAUGAGUAUGAGAUGCUGCUGGGAUUCCCAAAGAAUCACACCAGAGGUGGUGGCAUCAACCGGACAGAGAGAUACAGAGCACUUGGCAAUGCAUUUCAGGUUGAUACAGUUGCCUACCAUCUUUCAGUGUUGAAGGGUCGUUUUCCAAAUGGCAUUAAUGUCCUGUCUCUCUUUUCUGGCAUUGGAGGUGCCGAGGUUGCUCUGCAUCGACUUGGAAUAGUGCUAAAAAAUGUGGUAUCUGUGGAAAUAGUUGAAGGGAACAGAAAUAUUCUUCGAAGUUGGUGGGAACAGACCAACCAAGGGGGAAAUUUAAUUGAGGUUGAAGAUGUACAACAAGUCUCUUUAAAUCAGCUGGGGCAGUGGAUAAACAAUAUUGGUGGAUUUGACCUCAUUAUUGGCGGAAGCCCCUGCAACAACCUUUCUGGCAGUAACCGAGUAACUCGACAUGGGCUAGAGGGUGAACACUCUUCACUUUUUUACGAAUAUUUUAGGAUAGUUGAGGCAGUAAUGGAUAUACAACGAAAUGAGCCUAUGUCAAACAAAAACUGUACAUGGUAG